AUGGGUGACCAGGAACUUAACUUAAAGCUCGUCAAUGAGGUAGAGAAGCAUGAAGAGCUCUAUAACUAUAAACUUCCUGCGUAUUCCAGGAAAGAUUUGACGGAAAAAUCAUGGCAAGAUGUGGCUUCCCAAGUUAAUAUGCCAGCUGCCGAAUGCAAAGAGAAGUGGCGAAAUCUACGUACAGUUUUCAUGCGUAAAAUGAAACCACCUCCAAGUGGAGCUGGAGCAAAAAAAAAGGCAUAUUAUUUGGAAGACGCCAUGCAUUUUUGUUUGCCGUUUAUAAAAACAUCCGCUCCUCCAUCAACCGGAAAUUUGCCACCAGUACCACUUAACUCACCUGGUGAAGUUGUAGACGAUACAGAAAUAUUUGAGGAUAGUGCAUCCCAAAUGGAUAUAUCACAAACAUUUGUACCUACGCAAACAUCAUUCCCUGACUCUCCAGUAAAUUCACCGUUUCAACUUAGUAAUUCAACCGAGAAUUCAACACCAUUUCAACAAACAAUUGAUCAACCAGUAAAAUUAUCAUCAUCCACUCAAGCCAGGGAAAAAUUGACUUUGAAAAAAAAAACAUCAGCAGCAGCCGCAGAUCAUUCUGUAGCUGACUAUUUUAAUGCCAAACGAGCAAGGUUGCAGAUAAAUGAAGCAGAGAAUAGCUCUCAAAAAAUUGAUAGACAACAGGGUAUCAAAAUGUUUCUACUCAGUCUAAUACCAGAACUGGAAGAUUUAAAUGAUUCUCAAAUCAAAUUAUUUAAACGACGUGUUUUUAACAUUAUUGACGAUAUAUCAACUCCACUGCAGUACCAGCCACAGGUAUCAACUUUCCAAACAAUGAUCCCAUCAGCGUCUAAUUCUUCUCAAAUGUCUCACGUGUCACAAACAACAGAUUUUUACAACGAUUUUUCGCAGGAUCUACAUAAUUCAGAUAUAUAA